AGUGGACAAAAUGUUGGAAAAAUGCGGCGAUUUCAAUCGGCAGCAGAUAAUCAUGCUGCUUCUCUCUUCUCUGAUCAAUUUACUAUCGGCCAUGCAUAUCGUAUCGCACUGGAUAAUGAAUAUUGUACCAAAGCAUUGCGUCUGUCAAUAACACCCAGGUGUGCUGAUGGGCUAGACUCGGGGCCACCACCACCAAAUGUAGACAAAUGCAAGCCAUUCUACUCUAAUUCAAGCAACUCUGGCACCUGCAAUAAGUACCACUAUGAGUCAUACAUGGGCUAUCAGGGUUUUGUCAGCGAAAUGAACUGGAUAUGUGAUGAAAAGUGGAAACUUAAGAAGGGAGACACCAUGUUCUAUACGGGCAACAUCAUAGGCACUCUACUUAUGGGCUAUUUGGCAGAUAGACUGGGUCGGGUGCCCAUUCUUGUUUUCGCCAAUGUCAUUACCAUAUUGGGAAACUUUUUGACUAUCUUUGGCAUGAAUCUGGAAGUUUUUUAUAUAUUUAGAUUUCUUAUGGGUUUCGUCGUUAACAGCAACUUUUUGAUUAUUCGCAUUCUAAUUCUGGAAUAUAUGCGUCCUUCUUUGCGCACCGUUUGCCUGAACAUCUCUUACGGUUUCUUUAGCUGUUUGGGCCUGGUAAUUACACCUUGGAUUGCGAUCCUCACAGGUAGUUGGCGUCGUUUCAUGCUUCUCGACGCGCUGCCAAUAAUUGUGGUGCCGUUUUUCUAUUAUUUUGUGCCGGAGAGCGUACAAUGGCUGAUUUCAAGGCAGAAAUAUGACAAGGCUAUAGAGUCCCUGAGACGUGUGGCCAAGAUGAAUGGCCGCCAAAUUAAUGACAGCGAAUUUGAAGAAUUCAUUGAGGACUGCAAAUUAAGUCAGCAAAAUACGAAGACCAACCCAAAUCUGCUGCACCUCUUCAGAACGCCGCGCCUACGCCGCACCUUUCUUAUAAUAAUUUUUGAAUUCUUGGUAUUUCCCUUCUACGCCAAUGUCGUCGCUCAUUAUAUGGAUAUCCCUGGGAUUUCGCCAUUUGUAAGGUUCUCACAGGCUGCAAUUCGUAAUCUGCCUGCUAGCUUGGCAGCAAUUAUCUUGCAAGAUCGCAUCGGACGCAAGGCGUCGGCUUUUACAAUAUUGCUCCUCAUGUGCAUUUUCAUCAUGGUAACGGGCGUCGUCCUCUCACCCGCUGCUAAACGCUCCCCCAGAGUACUGUUUACGUUUUAUAUUAUUGGGGGCAUUUUUUACAAACUUGGCGUCAACUCAAAUAUUCAGUACAACUUGGAGCUAAUUCCAACAUGUGUGCGUGGUCAGGCAUUGGGUGCUAUUUCUACCAUAAGCUUUGCGGGCAUCUUAUACAGCGAUUUCGCGAACAUGCGUAAAAUCUUCUUUCUGCUGCCGGAAAUCAUUCUGGGCGUGCUCACUUUGCUGGUUGCCGGAUUGUUGUUACUGCUGCCGGAGACACUGAAUCGCACGCUGCCCUGUUCACUGGAGGAUGGCGAGCAGCUUGGCAUUGACGAGCAUUGGUACACAUUUAGCUGCAUGGAGAAGCGCAAGCAGCCGGAAGAGCUUGAUAGCUCGCUGGCACCGCGAAAUGGGAUAUAAGAAGAACUAAACACAUUUUCAAUGCCCCAAGUGUAUGAGUGUGUGUGUGUGUAUGUGUUGGUUUGUUGGUGAAAAAUAUAUAUAUAAAGAAAUAAAAAGAAAUUCGCACGCAACUGUCAAUGGCUGCGUACUUAUUUGCAAGCGCCAACAUCUUGUGAACCCUCCGCCCACCCUUCAGCAUAGGAAGAAGAAGAAAAAAAGAUCCCUCCAUCCUAGCCCACCCGAAAUGUGCUAUCCCCAGUGACAACGUCUGCUUGACUGUUGGGUCUUGGGUAAUAUUUUAUGCAAAUUGCAAGUUAAGUGUGAAAAUAGUAGUGAUUGGUUUAAUUCAGCAUUGCCAACCAAAUGCUCAUAGAUGAGACUGGCGGCGGCGGCGGCAAAAGAAAAAAGGAAGCUGGAAAACUGCAGAAACAGCAGAAAAUCAGCAGAGCUGGGAAUUCCAAAUACUAAAAUGACAAUUUCCAAACGAAGCACCGAAGCGGCAGCAAAGAAAAACAGACAAACCAAUCCCGCAAAGAAGUGCAACGAAUUUCGAAUACCCUAACGAAAAA